AUGCCGCGCCUCGCGCUGCGCCUGCCGCUCCCGCCGGGCGACGACGUGCGCGAGGCGGAUGAGGUCUUCGCCGCCGAGGCACACGCGGAGAAGGAGGCCGCGCGGAGGGACGCAGUCUGCCGGGGAUUCAGCUGCAUUGGUCGAUUUUGGAAUCUAUAUGUUUUUCGUUAUGUCAACAAGAUUCCUGCUCCAAAGCGGGGAGAGAUUGUUAGGCAAAUCGGUGAUGCACUGCGAGCAAAGCUCCAUCACCUUGGCACGCUUGUGUCACUUGAGAUGGGGAAAAUUCUUCCUGAAGGGAUCGGUGAGGUUCAGGAAAUCAUCGACAUGUGUGAUUAUGCUGUGGGGCUAAGUCGCCAACUAAAUGGAUCCAUUAUACCAUCUGAACGUUGGAAUGCUUGCAUUGCUUUGGUCUGUGGAAAUAGCAUUGUCUGCUUUGAAUUGCACUUGCAGCAAAAAAGGGAGUGGCAACACCUUUACCGUGUCCAUGAAAGAAGGAGCUGUUCAAGUUGGUGGUUUACAGUUUCCCUUGGAUCCCCGGCCACCCACGGAGCUCCGUCCCCGCCCGCUGUGCAGUUCCCGCCGGCGCCGCUGUUUGAUUGGAGUAGCCAGCAGAGCAGCCAGCUAAUGAGUUCAGCAGAGCCUUGUGUUUGA